AUGGGCGCCGCGGCGCUGCGCGCCCUGCCCUGGGCCCUGCUGCUGCUGGGGCCGCUGCUGCCCGGCCAGGGCUUGCAGGCCGACCCGGUGCCGGCCUCGGAGCCGCUGCAGCGCUUCCCGGGCGCCGAGCCGGGGGGCGUCACGGCCGCGCCGCCGGCCGCGGCCCACGAGAUCGAGCCGCUGCACAAGCAGCCCGGGAACCACUCGGGCGAGGGCGCCGCCAAGCCCCGCAAAGCCUUCCCCGUGCUGGGCAUCGACUACGCGCACGUCCGCAUCCCCUUCGAGAUCUCCCUCUGGAUCCUGCUGGCCUGCCUCAUGAAGCUGGGUUUCCAUGUGAUUCCCUCAGUGUCCAGCAUCGUUCCUGAGAGCUGCCUGCUCAUUGUGGUGGGCCUCUUGGUCGGGGGACUCAUCAAAGGAGUGGGGGAAAAGCCCCCCAUCCUCAGGUCGGAAAUCUUCUUCCUCUUCCUCCUCCCGCCCAUCAUCUUGGAUGCCGGCUAUUUCCUCCCCUUGCGCCAGUUCACGGAGAACCUGGGCACCAUCCUCAUCUUCGCCGUGGUGGGGACACUCUGGAACGCCUUCUUCCUGGGCGGCCUCAUGUACGCCGUGUGCCAGAUCGGCGGCACCGGCCUCAACCACAUCGGCCUGUUGGCCAACCUGCUCUUCGGCAGCAUCAUCUCAGCCGUGGACCCCGUGGCCGUGCUGGCCGUCUUUGAGGAGAUCCACAUCAACGAGCUGCUGCACAUCCUGGUCUUCGGGGAGUCCCUGCUGAACGACGCCGUCACCGUUGUCCUCUACCACCUCUUUGAGGAGUUUGCCAACUUCGAACAGGUGACCAUUAUCGAUAUCAUCCUCGGCUUCCUCAGCUUCUUCGUGGUGUCACUGGGCGGCGUCUUCGUGGGCGUCAUUUAUGGGGUGAUCGCUGCCUUCACGUCCCGCUUCACCUCCCACAUCCGAGUCAUCGAGCCCCUCUUCGUCUUCCUCUACAGCUACAUGGCCUAUCUCUCUGCCGAGCUCUUCCACCUCUCUGGCAUCAUGGCGCUCAUUGCCUCUGGUGUGGUCAUGCGACCCUAUGUGGAAGCCAAUAUCUCCCACAAGUCCCACACCACCAUCAAGUAUUUCCUCAAGAUGUGGAGCAGUGUGAGCGAGACCCUCAUCUUCAUCUUCCUGGGUGUCUCCACUGUGGCUGGCCACCACUACUGGAACUGGACCUUUGUCAUCAGCACGCUGCUCUUCUGCCUCAUUGCAAGAGUUUUAGGUGUCUUGGGCCUCACCUGGUUCAUCAACAAGUUCCGAAUUGUGAAGUUGACGCCCAAAGACCAGUUCAUCAUUGCCUACGGGGGCCUGCGGGGAGCCAUUGCCUUCUCCCUCUGUUACCUCCUGGACUAUGAGCAUUUCAACAUGAGGGACAUGUUCCUCACCGCCAUCAUCACUGUCAUCUUCUUCACCGUCUUCGUGCAGGGCAUGACCAUCCGGCCCUUGGUGGACCUGCUCGCGGUGAAGAAGAAGCAAGAGACAAAACGCUCCAUCAACGAAGAGAUCCACACACAGUUCCUGGAUCACCUUCUGACCGGGAUUGAGGAUAUCUGCGGUCACUACGGGCAUCACCACUGGAAAGACAAGCUGAAUCGCUUCAACAAGAAGUACGUGAAGAAGUGCCUGAUUGCGGGGGAGCGGUCCAAGGAGCCCCAGCUCAUCGCUUUCUAUCACAAGAUGGAGAUGAAGCAGGCGAUUGAGCUGGUGGAGAGCGGGGGCUUAGGCAAGAUCCCCUCGGCUGUCUCCACGGUCUCCAUGCAGAACAUCCAGCCCAAGACCCUCCCCGUGGAGCGCGCCCUUCCAGCCCUGUCCAAGGACAAGGAGGAGGAGAUCCGGAAAAUCCUCCGCAACAACCUGCAGAAAACCAGGCAGAGGUUGCGGUCCUACAACCGGCACACACUGGUGGCCGACCCCUACGAGGAAGCCUGGAACCAGAUGCUCCUGCGGAGGCAGAAGGCCCGGCAGCUGGAGCAGAAGAUGAAUAAUUACCUGACGGUGCCGGCUCACAAGCUGGAUUCGCCGACGAUGUCCCGGGCUCGCAUAGGCUCAGACCCGCUGGCCUACGAGCCCAAGCCGGACUCGGAGAACCUGCCCAUCAUCACGAUCGACCCGGCCUCCCCGCAGUCCCCCGAGUCCGUGGACCUGGCGAACGAGGAGCUCAAGGGCUCCGGCCACCUCUCGUCCUCGCCCGAGGAGGAUGAGGAGGGGCUGGUGAUGCGAGUGAAGGAGCCGUCGUCCCCCGGCACCGACGACGUCUUCACCCCGGGGACCAGCGACAGCCCCAGCAACCAGCGGAUGCUGCGAUGCCUGAGCGACCCGGGGCCGCGGCCGGAGCCGGAGGAAGGGGAGCCCUUCAUCCCCAAGGGGCAGUAGCAGCCUCGCUCGCCUGCGUAUGGAUUCUCUCUUUCUUCAUUCGUUCUUCUUUCUUUCCCCGCUUUUUUGGUUCCUCCGUCACUACACACCGGGUUUGGGAAGGGGAGACCAUCCUGGAUGGACAGGGACUGCUAGGACAGCUCUGCCCAGCGAGCCGUGAACCGGCCCCGAGGAGCGCGGAAGGAGCCCCGGGGAGCCCGGGCGCGGAGGGGACGGCGACGGCCGGCGCCGCCUGCCCUCCGCCGCGGCCCUCGGCCUCCCGCCCGCGGCGGACGGGCUGGGGGGGCUCUGCUGGGGGCCCCCAUCGACUCAGGACCCGCGCGCGGCUCUCGGGGCGGCUCGGGCACACGCAGCGCGCGUCUGCCCGGGGGACGCGCGGCCUCCUCGGGGGCUGCCCGGCGGCCCCGCUUGGCCCCUCCGCUGCUUGCAUUUCGGCCGCCUCCUCGCCUCGUUUGGGAGCACCCUGCCAGGGACCCCGGGCUCGUGCCGGUGCUCCCUCGCCUCGCCCGGGAUCGCCUCCCCCUGCCCAGCAUCGUCUCCUCCAGCACCGCGGUUCACGCUGGGUCUUGUUAAAUAAGUAUCCGAUAGCCAUGCAAGGGGGACGCAGGUGCCCCCGCGCUUCGAGCGGUCCCUCCGGGCCGCUCCGUCCCUCCUGGGUCGCCCGGCCCCGCGGGGGCCCCGCUGCGAGGGCUCCCGGCGGGGCUCCCGGCGCCUCGGCCCGGCCCCUGCCCCGCGCCUGCCUGCUCCCCGCGCUCGCCGCCUGCAUCGCCCCGUGCAGGGGAUGCCAAAAGCCCCAGGCGCUGCUUAACCAAAGACAGCCACCGAGUUCGACGUGCACGGGGCCGUAGCAGCAGGCGGUUGCAUUUUGCUUUUUACGCCAUACUUUUUUUUUUUUUUUUUUUUCUCUUAGCCAUCACCUACAAGAGUUUGGGAAGAGCCGAGGGUGCCCUCGGAGGGGACGGCCGGGGGUGCCGGGCUCCCGAGCUUGCAAAGAGCCCCCGCGGCGUUUAGGUGACUUGCAGCCCCCUGCCCGGAGCGCGCGCGGCCCGCGUUGUGCUCCCGCGUGCCACCGCGGCCCCCUGGGCCGGCGCGGACCCCGGGGCCCCCGCGCUGUGCCUUGUCCCGCGCCCGGGGCGCGAGCCUGCCAUUGCUGUCUGCACACGCCCGCUCUGUCUCCAGGAGGAAAAACAAAAACGAAAAAGGGGGAAAAAAAAAAAGCAAUGAAAAUUCUCUCUUGUAUAAAAAAGGAAAAAACCACAUGUAAAGAGAAUCUUGUUUUUUUCAUGAAUAUUCUAAUAAAUUAAUGUUAAUUUUUA